AUGGCGACCGAAGAGGGUUCCGGUGGCGGCGGCGGCGCCGCCGGAGCCGGGGAGAAGAAGACCUCGCAGGCGCCUGCAAAGCCUGGAGCGGGCGGCGCCGGAAAGUUCCUCGCGGGGUUGCCGUGGCGCGGCAACUUCUCCUCCGGCUCCGGCUCCGGCUCCUCCAACCUGGGAGGGUUCAGGGUUUACGUCUGCGAGCACAGCACGGAUCCCCCAGAAGGACAAGUUAUAAAGACGGAUUCAACGAAUAUUUUAAUCAGGCAUCUCCAGUUGAACAAGCAGAAGAGUGAGGGUAAAGAUGCGGAUUCCAGGACUCCAGGGGAAAACAACAGAGGGAAAAGGUUGGUCGAAGAUUAG